AUGCCAUGGAGGGCCUUGCGCCGCAUUCAUGCUGGAAUUGGAAUGCCAUUGACAUGGAGACGACCACAUACACGUGUAGUGUCGGAAGAUGUCUUGGGCCUCGGCUCAACUCGAGGUCAUCAGCGUGUCCAGGUACGAGAUGAAUCAACAUCCACCAAACAAUCAUUUUCGACCGGUCCGAAGGCGACCACCGGUGACCAACCUUCGGAUCAACAAAGCAAAAACAUCCCCUCGUACGACCCGGACAGUUCCAGCUCUCUCGCCGACGUUGGGCGGCUCAUCGUCGACGAGUAUGCGCACCUCCGCGCCGACUACGUGACGCCCAAGUAUCCGAUCGUGCUGGCUCACGGACUAUUGGGGUUCGACGAGUUGCGGAUUGCGGGGGAUCUGCUGCCCGGGAUCAGUUACUGGCGGGGGAUCAAGGAGGCGUUUUCAGCGAGGGGGAUUACGUGCAUCACGACGACGGUGCCCCGAACGGCGUCGAUCGCCGAGCGCGCGGAGGUGCUGAUGGACCAGAUCGCACGGAGACUAUCUACCCUGGACACCACCGAUACGAGCGGGAGCAGCAGUAACGGUGGGGGAAAGGACGUGAACAUCAUCGCGCACAGCAUGGGCGGCCUGGACGCGCGGUACAUGAUCUCCCGCCUCUCGCCUCCGCCCUCCUUAUUCCGCGUCCGCUCCCUCACCACCGUCGCCACGCCUCACCGGGGCAGUUCCGCCGCGGACAUGCUGAUGCGCGACAUCGGACCCGACCUCCUGCCUCGAAUCACCCGACUCCUUUCCCGCAUGAACGUCUCCUCGGACGCCUUCUCCCAGCUCACAACCAAAUACGUCACUCAGAACUUCAACCCGCGCACCCCCAACGAUCCCGCGGUCAAGUACUUCUCGUACGGCGCCAGCGCGACUCCCCACCUGUUGAGCGUGUUUCGUCUCAGCCACGACCUUAUGAACGUGAUUGAGGGGCCCAACGACGGGCUCGUGAGUGUCAGGAGCGCGAAAUGGGGCGAGUACAAGGGCACAUUGGCGGGAGUCACGCACCUGGAUCUGAUCAAUUGGACGAACCGGCUGAAGAAGAUGGCCAGUCGGCUGGGUCUGGUGGAGGAGAAGUUCAAUGCCGUCGCCUUUUAUUUGGCCGUUGCUGAGGAGUUGGCCAAGGAAGGGUUCUAA